UUUAUGUCUAGUUCAGUCAUCAGCGGGCACUUCCGGUGUGCGCGUGGAUAUCGCAAAAGUAACUACUUCCGCGUUUAGCCCCCUCUGCUGUAACUGAGAAAUGACGGCCACUCUACGUCCGUAUCUCAAUGCUGUGCGUGCCACGCUGCAGGCCGCUCUCUGCCUGGAGAACUUCUCCUCUCAGGUGGUGGAAAGGCACAAUAAACCAGAGGUGGAAGUCAGAAGUAGCAAGGAGUUGCUCCUCCAACCUGUAAUCAUUAGUCGUAACGACAAGGAGAAGGUUCUGAUCGAGGGCUCCAUCAACUCUGUCAGAGUGAGCAUUGCCGUCAAGCAGGCAGAUGAGAUCGAGAAGAUCCUGUGCCAUAAAUUCAUGCGUUUUAUGAUGAUGAGAGCAGAAAACUUCUUCAUCCUGAGAAGGAAACCAGUCGAGGGAUACGACAUCUCUUUUCUCAUCACCAACUUCCACACCGAGCAGAUGUACAAGCACAAACUAGUGGAUUUUGUUAUUCAUUUUAUGGAAGAAAUCGACAAGGAGAUCAGUGAAAUGAAGCUGUCCGUCAACGCCAGGGCGCGCAUUGUCGCAGAGGAGUUCCUCAAAAAUUUCUGAACAUAAGACCGAAGAACACAUAGCUUUGCUAUAUUAGCCGUCACUGUGGAGCUUACACAUGGCAGGGCAGAUCCUCGCUGAUGUCGUCCGCCAAGAGGGGGAAAGAAGGAUGAGCCGUAAGGCUGUGCAGGCCGACGGGGCUUUUCCCUUUAACCUUAAACUCAUCCUGCGCUCAAAUUAUUGAUGCUUGUGCUUGAUAAUUCCCACCAACUUCAUUUCCACUGUUAAAAUAAUCAAGGUCAACACAGCUUCUCUAUAAUUGAGCACAGGAUGAAACUGAUUUUUUUUAAAAGAUAAUUUAAAUGUUUUUAAAUAUAUUUACAGAUAUAUAUUAUAUGCAGAUAAAUUUCAUUUUGCUUUGUUUUGUUAUCGCACACUUUGAACCAUGAGGGCAAUCAGUUACUUAAUGUUUUAUUCCACAUGCACACAGAUGAAACAAAUUUAAACAUCUGGCAAUUAAUAAAAAAUAAAAAGUGUAUACUUCA